AUGUCUAACUCUUCUAACUCUGGUCAAGUCCUCUCUGGCCUCGAGGGCACACAAAUUACGAUGAACACUCCGCCCCAACCCCCGAUUAACUUUGUGCCUAAGAUCUGGGAGAUAGUCGAAAAGAUUGAAGAGGAUAUCGUGACCCAGUCCGAGCAAAAUUUCAUUGAUGGUAGGGGUCCUGCAUACGUUGCUGGAAAGUUUUUGUGUCGCCCCUCCGGUGCGCAAGGGCCCCUCGGGUUCUUGCUCCGAGCUGCCCAGGAUAUCGGGCCUUUCGAGCCCCCAGAGCUCCAAGCCCUGAAGCACUUCAAGCAGCGAGGCUGUAAAGUUGUUCCCGAGCUUCUUGGAUAUCAGUUUGGGAAGCAGGAUAAGGGAGAUCUCAUACCGGGCGGAUUUGUCACAUAUGUGAUAUGGGAGAAGGUGCCUGGCGAGCCCUUGGAAUUCACCCGGUUCUGGAAUUGCGCUUUCUCGGAGCGGCAAAACAUUCGCGUCAAGUUCCGACAGAUUUACGAGAUGCUUUUACCGUUUGACUACCAAGUUUGGGUACCCAGUUGCACUAAAAUCAUAUACGAAUGGUCUACUGGAGAGAUGCACAUAUCCGGCUUCAAAGAUGCGAGCAACCGCUUUCCUGAUAAGGUUUGGAGCGACGCUGACUAUGCCCUGCACGAUCCUGUUUUAGUGGAUCCGUCCUUCAAGUCGUAUUUCCCCAUUGAGAGCACCGACUUGUACCGAGACGACAAUGGCUGGGAAUGGUAG